UUCAAAUAAUAUAAUAUUUUCUUUGAGAAUAUUAGAGAGUUUCUCUAUUUUCUCUACCUUUCCUUUUGUCCCUGAGCCACAAAGUUUGCUGUCAUUUCAAGUUCUUCUUUGGACAUGGCAAUUAGCAUCAUUGAUCAGUUUAUAGCGAAAUGUGGUCCAAAGCUCAUGCUUUUUAUUCUCUGUUAUGUGAGUCUCUGUCCUUGUUUAUGAUUAAAUUUAUACUUCAGUGCUUAAAAGAUAUACGCAAAAUCACAUUAGUCUUCCAUUAAUCAAAUAUAUCAAAUUGGUCCUUGUCCUUCACGGAUAGUUAAAUCCCAUCAGUUUCAUCCAUUUAGGGACCCGAUUUGAUGUCACUGUAACAACUAAUUUGAUGGCAUGAGGCAUUAAUGAGGGGCUAAUUUGAUGUAUUUCUAAAUGGAAGACUUACCAAGAUGGCACAUUUAUCUUUGAAGUACAAAGUGAACAUUUACUGAUUUAACUAGAUGCUGCUUGUUGUUUAUAUCUUCAAAUAUAUGUUUGAAUACUGCAUAGGUAGAGUUGAAGUAUGUAGGUUGAGUGAAAUGUUUACUCUCUAUCCAUUGCAUAUAUUAAAAAUAAGUACAGAUUCUCUUGCAAUCAUAUCACAGUGCCAGCGUCAUUUAAUUUUUAAUUAUUUUUGGCUAAUGUCUUCAUCCUAUGUUUCUGUGAAUUUAACUGAAGCAGACAUUAGGCCAUGCAAGUAACUUAAGGCGACCAGCGCUGCCGCUUACAUUAUCCCUCCUUUAUCAGGGCUCUCAAAGGGUAAUUUUGCAGUGAAUUUUUUUUAAGAGUAGUGAUACAUAGACCAUCUUAGAUGGCAUGUACCACUUGUACACCCACACACAAUUUUGAAAAGUGUUCUUGUGGUCCCCCCACACAAAAAAAAACUCACAUGUAUUGUCUCUCGCACACUCUCACAUGGAAUGGUACAAUGUGUGUAUGGAAAAAAGUGUGUACAUGAAACAUUAUCCUUUUUUAAUACUGGAUAUGAUGUAUUACUUUAAUCUUGGUUCAAUAAAGAGGUAUGUCAGCAAUCAUAUUGUCAUUUCCUUGCUAAUGUAGGGCUUUGAAGGAUGGUGUUCUUUUUCUUUUUUCUUUUAGCAUUUGAAACUCAUCAUUGUAUAAAGAAAACCCCUUUUGGAUAUCAAAUCAUUAAUAGUCUCGUUAGCUGUCGAUUAAACACCAGAUAUUAUUUUAGUGGGCUCGUCACGAAUGGAGAAUUUGUCUAUCCACUUGAGCUAUCAGGUUCAAGUUGAAGGCAUCUCUGUUGAUGAAAUACAAAACCAAAAUGCUAGUUUUGGGCUGAGAAGUUUUGUCUUGCACUUUCAAUGAGUUGACGCCACAUUCCUUGGAUGUUUUCAUACAUACCUAUUUUUUCAUUUUCAGUCCUUAUCUCUACCCAGAUGCGUCAGUUUGAGCAAGUAAGAGCAGUUGUUCCUUCGAUUCUUAAUUCAUUGAAGGUUGUACAUUUGGAGACAGAUAAAGCAAUUGAUGAUGUCUUUGACAGAACUGUUGAGAUUUCAAAUUCUAUAUAUGAAGUUUGCAGAUAAUGUUGCAAGAGAGAAACUCCGAGCUGUUCUUGAUCUAUAUGUCCUGCAAUGCUUGGCUCUUCUUUCAGGUAUCAAUAUCUACGACGUUCCCAGUUACCAUUCGUUAGUACUGCAACUGUCACGAAUUUCAUUGAAUUGUGGUUUAUCUUAUCUCAGUCUAGUAACAACUUAUGAUGUUGAGGCUGUGGUUAGUACCGUUUUUGGAGAAAAUAAAGAUGAUUGUAUGGGUUGUUUUUCUCAUGCCAAGCAUGGUGCUUGUGAGAGUUAACUUAAAAUCAGAAAUCUGGAGAAUCGUGCCACGAUGGAGAAGCUUUUCGCCACGAUUGUUGAAGCAAGAUUCUAUGAUCGUCACUGAAAAAAUCGUGCCACGAUUGAAUUGUAACGUGGCACAAUGAUACACUAAUGGAUAUUUUUGAAACGUAUUUUUCAGUGAAGAUUUGUUCCAUAUUUUAAGGGAUACUUUCCACUAUAAAUAUAAGCCUUGUAUCAGAUGAAAAAACAGAGUAGAAAACAAGGUUUAUAGAGAAUUUCUCUUGGCAACAACACUAGGGUUGAGAUUGUUUUGAUUCACCUUGAACAAAGCACUAUUAGGAUUGAGUCUCUUGGUCACGGGAAGAGGCUGGGACUUG